AUGGUGGACGAAAGUGCCGCGGUCCGUGGUGUGGCGGCCGCUUUUCUGACAGUGGCAAGCAUCGCGGUCAUCCUGCGCUGCUAUGUGCGACUGUGCCUUGUCAAGGCGUUUGGCUGGGAUGAUACAGUCAUGAUCCUGUCAAUGUUAUUUUAUGUCAUGUUCUCAGGAUGCAUGAUCGGAGGCUCUCUCUGGGGAACGGGGAAGCAUCUCGUCGAUUUGACUCCCAAGCAGAGAACGGUCGCUAUGGAGUACUGGUUCCUCUGCGACGUUGGGUACGCCAUCUCAUCCAUUCUCUGCAAGAUAUCCGUCGCCAUGUUCUUGUUGCGUGUCAUGGUUCGUCCAGCUCAUAGGCGAAUCAUGUACGCGGUCACCGCGCUCACGGUCAUUGUUGGCAUCAUCUUUUUCAUUUUCAUGAUGGUGCAAUGCUCGCCGGUAUCCUAUUUCUGGACCCGUAUGCACGGUGACACCAAUGGCAAAUGCGGAUACGUGGAUGCGAUCAUCAUCAUGUUGUACCUGUUCAGCGUGUCUUCUGCACUUUUCGACCUGACUGUAGGCCUGCUGCCUAUCUUGCUCGUGCGCAAUCUGCAGAUGAACAGGCGGACCAAGAUCGCUGUGGCGGGUCUCCUGGGCAUGGCAUGCAUAGCAAGCGUUGCUAUUAUAAUCCGGAUUCCAUUCGUUCAAACCAUUCGCGAUAAAGAUUUCCUCUAUGCAACCGUCCAGAUCGCAAUCUGGUCCAACAUCGAAACCGGCCUUGCCAUCACAGCCGGCAGUCUCGCCACCCUCCGCCCUCUCUUCCGCAUCCUACACAGUCGCAAUGGAUCUUCCUACCGCAUCUUCCACUCGUCCGGUCCCGAGAGCAGGAAGCGCCAGCACCAGUUCCCCCUGGGUGACCUCGAAAGCAACACCGCGCAGUCCGGCCAUGAUGAUAAGAGCAACCCCAAGGACGUCCACCUUGGAACCACGAUCUCGGCGGAGAGAAACGACGCCGCGGAUUUCAUGACUUCGAAUACGGAGCAGCCGAAUGGAAAGUCGCACUCGGUGCCUAUGCGGUCUAUGUCUAAAAUCGGUGUGCAUCGGACCUUUGAGGUUUCGACGUCCGAGGCGGGAGCGUGA